AUGUUAAAGUUCCAAUUAUUAGUAUUAAUUAGUUUUACAUUAACAGCAUUUUUAAUAACAUUAUUACCAACUAUUCAAGCUGCAAAGGUUAUUCCAUUUUGUAAAUGUACUUGUGGUGAAAAUUCUACAAUUUUUGCUCUGGAAGUAGGUACUCUUUGUUCAGAAUGUAAUAAGGCUUUUUGUAUACAAGAAAUGGGCGACGAAUGUUCUGGCGUUAAUAAUGAUGACUCUGGUAAUGUUUGUGACAUUCAAGCAAUUGCAACAUGUUUUGAACGAGAUUCUUACAAAGACGAAGCAAUAGUUUAUUUUUACAUAAUAAUUACAUGUGGUUUAUUAUUUGCAGCAUUAAUAAAACCUUUUAUUGAAGAAUGGUUAAAGAGAACUAAUUUUUACUCAUCAAUGCCAAACAGUUAA